CCCGCGAUGCACCGAGCUCGCUAUAUAAUGCCGCCCCGCCUCACUCCACAAAACCCUAGCGCCGGCGCCGCAGACACUGCCCCUUCGCUCCCUUCCCUCCCGCCGCCGCAGCCGUCGCCGCACCGCCGCCGGAGCCGAGAUGGCCCCGAAGAAGGACAAGGCCCCGCCGCCGUCCUCGAAGCCGGCCAAGUCCGGCGGCGGCAAGCAGAAGAAGAAGAAGUGGAGCAAGGGAAAGCAAAAGGAGAAGGUCAACAACGCGGUGCUCUUCGACCAGGCCACCUACGACAAGCUGCUCUCGGAGGUGCCCAAGUACAAGCAGAUCACCCCCUCCGUCCUCUCCGAGCGUCUCAGGAUCAAUGGCUCCCUGGCUCGGAGGGCCAUCAAGGACCUGAUGGCUCGUGGCCUCAUCCGAAUGGUCUCAGUGCACUCAAGCCAGCAGAUCUACACCAGGGCAACCAACACCUAAGGAUUGGGGAAGCUGUAAUGCCUUUGUUUGCCCUCUGUAGGAGGAGCUCCUCUGCCUUAGAACAGUUGUCAUCUUUGUUAAGAGUUUGCUAAUGUUAUGUUACCUAUGAUGAGUACCUCCAUGUGGCUGAAACAUUUCAGAGAUUUUGCGAAUUAGUUCAGUACUAUGGUUUGCCUAUUAUAAGUUGCCUUGCAUCAAUAGCUGUAUGUUUUUUCAGUGUUUUGUUACUGUUAAUCCCAAGGCUUUCCCAUUGUGAGAUC